AUGGAAUCAAGAAAUCAACUUCAUGUCAUGUUUCUUCCUUACUUGGCACCAGGCCAUAUGAUGCCAAUGGUAGACAUUGCUAGAUCAUUCGCUUCUCAUGGCAUCAAUGUUACCAUACUUACCACGCCUAAGAAUGUUCUUCCUUUUGCAUCUGCUGUUGACCGCGAUAUUAAAUCUGGUAAGUAUAUUCAGUUCAAUGUUUUACAUUUUCCUUCCUCAGAAUUCGGUCUACCAGAAGGUUGUGAAAAUCUAACUGCUGCUCCGACUCCAAAAAUGACCGUCAAGCUUUUUCAUGCCAUAGACAUGCUCCAGCCGCAAGUUGAGCAAGUAUUUAGAGAAUGUCGUCCUGAUUGCAUUGUCUCUGACUAUCUCUUUCCAUGGACUGUUGAUGUUGCCAUUGAAUUAGGCAUACCGAGACUUGCCUUCAAUGGAAGUGGAUUCUUUAAUCUCUGUGUCGCUCAUAACCUCGAACAUUAUAAGCCUCACAUGAAUGUUGUGUCUGAGACAGAAUCUUUCGUAGUUCCAGGCUUGCCAGAUCAAAUAACAUUUACAAGAUCGCAACUUCCAGACAUUGUGAAAACCAAGACUAGAUUCUCUGCUUUGUUUGAUAAGCUCAAAGAGGUCGAGAAGAAGAGUUUUGGGGUCUUAGUAAACAGCUUUUAUGAAUUAGAACCUGCUUACAUCGAUCAUUCUAGAAAAGUUAUAGGAUUGAAAGUAUGGCCUAUAGGACCUGCAUCCCUUUUAAACAAUGAUGAGAAAGCUGAAAGAGGAGACAAGCCUUCCAUACCUAAACAUAGCUGCUUAAGUUGGCUUGAUUCUAAGGAACCCACCUCUGUUGUCUACAUCUGUUUUGGAAGCCUAAUAAGAUUCACCAAGUCUCAAAUAACAGAAAUGGCUAGUGCACUUGAAGAAUCAGGUCACUCAUUCGUUUGGACGAUAGGAAAAGUCUUGACAGUUGAUGAUACACACAACAAUGAUCAACAACAACAAAACUCAUGGUUACCGGAAGGAUUUGAGGAAAAAGUAACACAAAGUGGCCAAGGGUUGAUUAUAAGAGGAUGGGCACCACAGGUGUUGAUUCUUACACAUCCAGCCAUUGGAGGUUUCUUGACUCAUUGUGGUUGGAACUCAAUCAUGGAAGGGAUUAGUGCAGGCAUACCCAUGGUCACGUGGCCAAUUUUUGCAGAACAAUUUUACAAUGAGAAACUCGUGACACAAGCACUGAGAUUUGGCGUUUCAGUAGGUAAUGAUACAUGGAAAUUGUGGGCAACAGAAGAAUCACCUCUGAUAAACAAAGAGAAGAUCAAGAAAGCAAUUAUUGAAAUCAUGAACAAUUCCAAUGAGGCAAUUGAGAUGAGAAAGAAAGCUAGAAGACUUAGAGAAUUAGCACGGAAAGCUGUUGAAGAAGGUGGGUCAUCUUGGAGCAAUAUAAAGGAUCUGAUUGAGGGUAUUAGAUCAUAUAAACCUACAGAUGUAACAAAAACUAGAUAG